AUGUCGCGAAGGUACGAUUCGCGAACCACUACCUUCUCUCCGGAAGGCCGACUGUACCAGGUCGAGUAUGCCAUGGAAGCCAUCUCGCACGCUGGUACCGUCAUCGGCAUUCUCGCAAAGGACGGCAUCGUGCUAGCAGCCGAGAAGAAGGUCACGUCCAAACUGCUCGAACAGGACCAGUCCUCGGAAAAGGUCUUUGCGGUCUCCGACAACGUCAUGGCGGGUGUAGCUGGAUACACUGCCGACGCCAACUCGCUCGUCAACUAUGCACGCAAUGUAGCGCAGCAAUACCUUGCGUCGUACGAUGACGACAUGCCCGUGGAACAGCUUGCGCAACGACUGUGCGACUACAAGCAAGGAUACACUCAGUUCGGUGGUCUGCGUCCCUUUGGCGUCUCGAUCCUCUAUGCUGGCUACGACGAUCACCACCACUUUCAGCUGUACCACUCGGAUCCAUCCGGAAACUACAGCGGCUGGAAGGCUACGUGCAUCGGCAACAACAACGGCACAGCCACCUCGUUGCUGAAGCAGGACUACAAGGACGAUCUGAGCAUCCAGGACGCCAUGGCUAUGGCUGUCAAGAUCCUGAGCAAGACCAUGGACAGCACUUCGUUGGAUAGCGAGAAGCUGGAGUUUGCGACAUUGACGUUGAAUGCAAAGAGCGGAUUGCCACAGACGAACAUCUUCAAGCCCAACGACAUCGAUAGGUUGCUGCAGAAGCACGGGUUGGCCAAGCCAAAGGAUGAGGAGGAGGCGGCAGCAGCAGCGGCGACAGGACAGACAUCGACCACCGGCGAGACCGCCAUGUCGGUCGAUUCGUAG